GUCGAUGACGUCCUACUCUCUGUUUACAAACAACCAAAGAAUCAGUUUAAGAUGGCAUCGGCCUUGCGAAGGUUGAAAUGGGAAAAGUUUAGGUUUCUUAAUAAUUUGUCAAAAAGAAAGAGCAGUUGCAAACAAAAUCAUACAAGGACAAUUUGUCAAAGAAAAACAAAUCAGUAUGUCUGUCACAGUCAGCUAGUACUCUGCAGGACUUUUCAUUGGUCUCCAGUUUGUCAUGAAUUAGUACAGUUUAAACUUGCUGAUAUAGGUGAAGGAAUAAGGGAAGUACAGCUGAAAGAAUGGUUUGUAAAAGUUGGUGACCAUGUGAGUCAGUUUGACAGUAUCUGUGAAGUACAAAGUGAUAAAGCUACAGUGACAAUCACCAGCCGAUAUAAAGGCAUAAUCUCUAAACUCUAUUAUGAUGUGGAUGAUAUCGCAUUAGUUAGUACACCAUUGGUUGAUAUUGAAACAGAUGCUGAUUCACCAGGUACAACACAGAGUGGUUCAUCAUCAUCAUCAUCAGAAGUGUCAAGCUCAUCAGAUGAUGAACAUUCUAUGCAGAGGAUACGCGGACGGAAGGUUUUGGCAACACCUGCAGUCCGCAGACUUGCCAUGGAAAAUAAGAUCAAGUUAAGUGAUGUUGAAGCAACAGGAAAAGAUGGUAGAAUACUGAAAGAUGAUAUCCUAAAAUACAUUGAGGACCCUUCUGUUGGAAAACAAGCAAAAGCCAGUGCUCCAUUAGCUACACCACCAGCAGUCACUGUUGAACCCUCCAAACCUACUCCAGUUGUAUCAACAACACCUAUACAACCACGAAUCACCUUACCUGUGGGUAAGGAUCACACAGAAAAGAUAAAAGGAAUGAGAAAAGCAAUGGUAAAAACCAUGACUGAGGCCAAUAACAUUCCCACUUUUGGAUAUGAUGAUGAAUUUGAUAUGAGUGCACUUGUUGACUUGAGGUCAAAGGUCAAAGCUAUUACUGAUGAAAAAGGUGUCAAGUUUUCUUACAUGCCUAUUAUAAUGAAGGCAGUCUCAAUGGCUUUAACAGAAUUCCCAAUGUUGAAUGCUAGUGUAGAUAAAACAUGUGAGAACAUAACAUACAAGGCAGUACAUAAUAUAGGAAUUGCCAUGGAUACACAAGAUGGACUAAUAGUGCCAAAUGUUAAAAAUGUCCAAUCAUUAAGUAUAUUUGAACUUGCAACAGAACUGAACAGGCUUCAGUCUUUGGGAUUAGCUGGAAAGUUAGGGACUUCAGAUUUGAGUGGUGGAACCUUCUCCUUGUCAAAUAUUGGAGCGAUAGGAGGAACAUAUGCUAGACCAGUUAUAUUACCUCCAGAAGUAUCAAUUGGAGCAUUAGGAAAAAUACAGACAUUACCAAGAUAUGAUAACCAUGGAAAUGUAGUAAAGAAACAUAUAAUGUGUGUUAGCUGGUCAGCUGAUCAUCGAGUCAUCGAAGGUGCCUACAUGGCACGUUUCUCUAACUUACUCAAAUCAUUCUUAGAAAAUCCAGGAUUGAUUAUGUUAUAUCUAAGAUGAAAAUCAUGUGAUAGAUACAUUUACAGGUAUAUUGACCUUGAAUCUUAUCGUAACUGGUAAGGUCAGAAUGAAAUGGUCUUGCCUAUUGUAAUAAUGGUUCAGAUUUAUAAAAGUGUGGUCUUUCAGGGAUUGACAGGAGCAUGCUUGAUUGUGUUUUUUAUCAUAAAUUUCGUUAUUUGAUUCCAGUCAACAGGAUGAAUUAAUCAGGCCUCUGUCUUUUGAAAAGUGCAAAUGGCCUGAAGUUAAGUUUUAGCUUCAUAUUUCUAUAUAACAAAAAAUCCAAAUUGUCCACCAGCCUGAAAGAGAAGGUCAAGGGAAGUUGUUACCUUACUUUGACUUUUAUUGUGCUCUAAGGCUGUAUGUAUAAACCUUUAAGUUAUUUAUGCAUUCUUUAUUUUUUGCUGUUUCAUGGAUAGUUGUCGCAUUGGUAAUCAUACCACAUCUCCUUAUUUCUAUAUUGUAUUGAAGACUGGAAUUAAUAUAUACAGAGUGAUGUAAUAUAUCUGUGGGUUCUGGAGUAUGCUUAUACUUUUCAGAAAAUAACAGAUCCUAGUCAUAUUUGCAUUUAUAUUUUGAAAUAUGCUAUUAUAUAAAAUAUGUUAAUACAAUGCAGUCUUAUUUUUGAAAAACAAUAUACAGCUAAAAUUGUACUUGUACUAAGAUUGAGUAAGUAAGCAUUCUUCUUAAAAAAAUAAUUUAAGUUGAUUCAAGAUUAAUACAAUAAGUAAGAUACACAUUUAAUGCUUACAGAAAAAAAAAUUAUGUUUAUCUUUUAUUAGUUGCUUAUCAGUACAAAAAUGACUCUAAAUAAUCAAUAUAUUUUUGAAAAUUUAUGAUCUAGUUCUAGAAGUGCCAUAAACACUUUCUGUUCUAAAAGAUGAUAGACUAUAUGUAAACCAUUACAAAACAAGACAGAACAAAGAGUGUAUUAAUCAGUUGUACAGUAUCAUAUCACUUUCCUAUUGAAUGAAACAGAAACAAUAUGAGAGGGCAUUUUGUAUUGUAGAGUUCGAGUGAUAUAUGUAUUUGAAUCUCAGAAUAAAAUUAAAAAAGAAAACUAUA